AUGAGUGUCCACUCCGUUGACUAUGCGCCACGAGGCGCAUCACAAUCAGAAACUCUCCAGGUGCAGGACCUUGAGGCUGGUCGCCAGUCGCCCAGCUCCCCAAUCAUUCUGGGGAGAAGGGAAGGGCCUAGCUCCCCCAUCAUUCCGGGGAGAAGGGAAGGGCCCAGCUCACCCAUCAUUCCGGGGAGAAGGGAAGGGCCCAGCUCCCCCAUCAUUCCGGGGAGAAGGGAAGGGCCCAGCUCCCCAAUCAUUCCGGGGAGAAGGGAAGGGUCCAUCACCGACACGAUCGGCACUGCGGCGGCCAGAGUUAACUCCAGCGACACUGCCAGGCGCCGAGUUCGACGCUCUAAUACCGCACAAUCCUACCACCCGGACGGCUUUGCGAGCGAGAUCAACUGGCAGCCAGGCACAGAACCCGGUAUCGACCCAACAAAACCUCUCCCUCUAUUCAGCUCAGAAUGGCAAUCGAAUUUGCCCGGCGACGUGCAGCGCGAGUCCGAAAUCACGGUAGUGGACUUUUCGCAGCAUGAAAUGCGGCAGUAUGAACUGGACAACGAGACGCUCCCUCAAUUCCUCGCGCGCGAGAGAGAACCAUGGGUGCAAUGUCGGUGGAUCAAUGUGAAUGGGCUGAGUUGGGACGUGAUCAAAUGCUUGGGCAGCCACAAGAGGCUGCAUCGACUGGCUAUCGAGGAUAUCGUCCAUACCACCCACCGCACUAAAGCCGAUUGGUACUCAGAUCACGCUUUUGUUGCCUUGACACUACAGAAGCUCGUGAAAAUUCAAGAAGAAAAGAGUGAUUCAGAGGAUGAUGACGGUCCAGGUAACGAAUGGGGCGCUAAGGAGCGAAAACGCUCUGUUGCGAGUGACAACAGCUCCAUAUCAUUGAAACGGCUGACCAAGCGAUAUCUCAUUUGGGAGGCGUUGAAAGACAUCUUCAGAUCCAAGAGCCCGUCAAAGCACCAAGAGGAGAAGACAAGAUUUGGCGCCAGCGUCCGGCCUGGGCCAAGACGACCAUCCUCAAAGCGGAUGUCCCAAUUUGGAACUGUUGCAGCUGCGGUGGGAGCCACGGCUAGGUCCCUUCAGCGGUAUCGUGGUGGCCCAAAUGAGGAUCGUAUCGACUUUAUGGAACGUCACGCUGUGCUGGCAUCCAAGGGCCUCUGCGUUACCCUAGAGCAAGUUUCAGUCUUCCUGCAUGCCGAUAACACCGUCACGUCCUUCUUCGAGACUAGCGCAGAUGAUAUCGAGGCUCCCAUCGUCCGGCGCCUCAGCUCCCCGGAGACGAUUCUUCGGCAGUCGUGCGAUGCUAGCAUGCUGUUGCAAGCCAUCCUAGACGCUGUUAUUGAUCUCGCAAUACCUGUGACCAUGGCUUAUCAGGAUGCCAUUGGAGACCUAGAGCUGGAAGUCCUGACUGAUCCUGAUAUUGAUCAGUCGAAGAGCCUUUAUAUCCUCACUUCUGAAAUCGCGGUUUUGCGCAAUUCGAUGCAGCCAAUGGUGGCGGUGAUCAAUGCGCUUCGUGAUCAUCGAUCUGAGCCUAUUGGGACCCCGGGUUUGGGAGCUUUGCGGAACGGGUUGUCCAGUCCGACUUCCACGCCUGGGGACCCCGAACACCCACAUCCUCCAACCAUUGGCACCAUCACACCUAACCUAAAGAGCCUAGGAGGAUCGAGUGUCACGAUUAGCUCGAUGUGCCAUACCUAUCUGGGUGAUGUCCUGGAUCAUUGUAUCACUAUCGUGGAGGGGUAUGAUCAAAUGCGACGCGCGGCUGAUAACAUGAUCGACCUUAUCUUCAAUACCAUCGGUGCCUACCAAAACGAGAGCAUGAAGCAACUGACAAUGGUCACUUGUUUGUAUCUUCCAAUGACGUUUUUGACCGGUUACUUCGGAAUGAACUUUGAAGACUUUGCUGGCAUCAAGCAUAGUGACUCAUACUUUUGGAAAAUCGCCGUGCCCUUCGUCUUUGUGACAACUCUCUUGCUCAUGCGUGAUAAAAUUCAACGCUAUGCUGUCAUGCUCGCGCAGAGACGACUCAUUACUAGCUCGAGAAAGCAAAGACGGCAAAGGAAGAAGAGGUAG